CACACACACAGCAGCGCUGUGAGCGCAGCCUGCCUGCCUUCCCAGGGUCGGGACUGGAAGCCUCAAGAAACGGCAAGAAGAAGCGAACAUCUGGCCGUACAUCAUGAGAGCACCCCGGAGCUUGUAGAAGGGGAGGAAAAAGACGACGAUAGGAGCGGUAGUACAUGUUAUGAAGGAAGAAUGGAGUUCCCAGACCAUAGCCGCCAGUUGCUGCAAUGCCUGAGUCAGCAGCGUCACCAAGGCUUCCUCUGUGACUGCACUGUUCUCGUCGGGGAGGCUCGGUUCAAAGCGCACAGAGCUGUGCUGGCCUCCUGCAGCAUGUACUUCCACCUCUUCUACAGGGACCAGCUGUACAAAAGGGACGUUGUGUAUCUCAACAGUGACAUUGUGACGGCUCCGGCUUUCAGUCUCCUCCUUGAAUUUAUGUAUGAGGGGAAGCUGGAGUUUAGCGCGCUGCCCGUGGAGGAUGUUCUGGCCGCAGCCAGCUACCUCCACAUGUAUGAUAUAGUGAAAGUCUGCAAAGGCAAACUUAAAGAUAAGGAACUUUCCUCCCUGGAUGAGAAGCUAGGGGAGGGCCUGGGACUCGGCUGCGUGGACAGGGAGAACUCCUCAGAUGGUGAGCUGCACUGUAAGCAACUCAUUCAGCGACACAUUCAGGGGCUCCAAAGGGCCCCCCCGGCAGAAGACUUUGACACAGACAACAGUGAAGUCAGGCUGGCUGUCACUGAUUGUGAUAGGUCCAUGCAGAGCAGGCAGAAGGCGAACGGUCACUCCGGCAGGUCCCCGGACCUUGUAGGUGUCAAUUAUAUGUCAGCGGAGGCCGAGACCUGCGUCCAAACAGCUGGAAAAACAAAAGCUGAUGUCAGUAGCUCCACCGUAUUGCUGUCCCAGAGGUCCUGCGCUUCAGAUGACAUGGACUGUGCGCUGGAUUUGUCUUUCAAGCCUCUGUCUAGCAGAGAUCUCUUACACCCCUCCUACGUCUCGGGACAGCUGGCCCUCGACAGCCAGCAGCAGGGCACUGAGCCACUUGUUAAAGACGAACACGACUUGCUGUCAGAGCAGGAGGACAGUGAGCCGAUGAGCCCUGAGAGCCAGCGCUUUGGGAAUAGUGCCAGGAGCUCAGUGGUGACAGGGUUCGCUGCCCUCUUCCCAGGCAACAACGGUGCUACAGCCGCCCUGCUCUCAAAGGAGGAAGACCUGAUGGACGAGGAGGGGGAGGCAUGCGGGAGGCGGGAGGGCGCCCCAGGCGGCGAGCCGGACAGGAGGGGCGGGCUACUGGGGAACAGUGAGGAAGAGGAAGAGGACGACCUGGCCUCCUCCGACAUCUCCACCUCCAGCGGGGUGCUUCUACCUCCGGGGCAACAGGUGUGCGUGUGUCCCCUCUGCAGCAAAGUCUUCCUCAGCCCCCACGUGCUGCAGCUGCACCUCAGUUCGCACUUCCGCGAGAAGGACGGCGCCCGCUCCAAGCUGUCCCCGGACGGUUCCGUCCCCACGUGCAUGCAGUGCAACAAGACCUUCUCGUGCAUGUACACCCUGAAACGCCAUGAGCGCACCCACUCUGGCGAGAAGCCUUUCACCUGCGGCCAGUGUGGCAAGAGCUUCCAGUACUCCCACAACCUGAGCCGGCACGCGGUGGUCCACACGCGCGAGAAGCCUCACGCCUGUAAGUGGUGUGAGCGGCGCUUCACCCAGUCCGGGGACCUUUACCGCCACAUCAGGAAGUUUCACUGUGGCCUUGUCAAAACUCUUGCCAUUGGAUAAAACACCUCUCACCAGUGCCAUAUCAGACAGAAUGUCCUUUCAUACACUGACUACUACUACUGAACCAGUUUUGCUGUUCUUAUACACAAGUUGGCAGUUUUUUAAAGACAUAUCUUAAGUUUAUAAAGAUGUAGCAACUUUCAAACUGGAGCUGUUUCUUGUGCUGGACUGUGUCAGAGGCUGCUGAGAUUACUGGAUCUGUGUCAGAAAGAGUUCAACAAAUCAGAUGAUGCACUUGAUAUUUUCUGUCUUGUUUAUUGUCAAUCUGUUGAGCUUAUUUGCUGAAAGGUUCAAAUCCUUUUGGCAAUGCGCAAUGCUUACACACAAUCGUCAAGAGAGAAAGAGAAUGAGUUUUGUUUGUGCACAUGGGAGAUGAGAACCGUCCGUGAGUAGCAAUAUAUGAUUUCCUUUUUGAGCGCCUACAUUAUUUUAUUAUUUAUUUUGGGGCUUUUUGUAGCCCUUAUGCUAUCAUGAAGCAGAAACACAAAUGAAUGAAGUUUAACUACUGGAAGUUUGAGUUUUUACUGUUUAGUUUUGGAAAUGAAGUUUUUAUGUUGUCUGAAAAGAAGCAUCCAGGCCAUCAUAUGUAUUCUUUUGCCUUUUUGAUGGAUUAAAUUUCCAGCUCCUUUAGUUUUGAGCACAUGUUGGUGGAUUGGCCUUAUAUUUGCUACUUUAUAGAUGGAACAGAGAUGAAAAGUAGCAGAGAUGCACCGAUCACGAGUCUCUUGAUCAAUACUAAUUUCAGUUUUCCCACAAGGUCUGCCGAUACCGAUUCUUGACAGCUAUUUUUUUUAACAUUCUGGACGAUAAUACCCUGAAGUACAAGUAGUCUAACAAAAACAUCAAGUAUUAUACGAAUAUCCCAAAUAUCCACAUUUUUUUUAUUAAAGCAUGUAGUCCUAACCAUCUGUAUUUUUCUCUGAGUUAAACUGAACAAAGUGCACCAAAGCAAAUGCUGUUAAUGCAUUUACAAACUUAGAACACUUUUAGUUGCAUUUAUUAAGCAGGAAAAAAUAAAAGCUCAUUAUUUUACCUGCUGACCACCAGUCAGAAAAGACUGGGGAGACUGGCCUCUUUAAACUAGCGAUUGAUCGGUUUGUCGCUAGCGAUUUAAAUAAUCUUUAGACACUAAAUAUAAUCCAUCCAACAAAAAUAUUUAGUUAGAGAAGUUUCUCUAUUUGUAGGCAGCAGACAACGGCAAGAUUAUCUGCAUAACCUAGCCGAAAAUGGUUCGUCUACCCUGUUUUUCUCAUACUAGGACAUCAUAGACCACAAACUGCCUGUAAUGUUUUUUUUUUUUAGUUUUAAUGCAUGUUAUGAAUUG